UCAUGACGUCACGAAGUGGGCAACACUUCGAACUCAGACUCAUGGAUUGUUGACACUCUCCCUAUCAAUGAUCAGAAUGUGAAUGCCUUCAACUUUCGUUUUAAGUGGAUUUAUUAAGAUUCAUACAUGUUCCAAUUGAGGAUUAAUCGUUGAUUCAUUUCGCCAUGUUGAAGUGCAUUCCUUUAUUUCGUGCCUGUAACAGACAGGUUGAAUCGGUGGACAGACGACACUGGGGCCUUACGAGUGUUCCUGACGAUGUUUUGCGAUAUGCAAGAAGUUUAGAAGAAUUAGCUCUAGAUGCGAAUCAAAUUAAAGAACUUCCAAGAGGAUUUUUUCGCCUGGUUCAAUUGCGGAAGUUAAGCCUCAGCGACAAUGAAAUUGGGCGUCUCCCCGAAGAAAUAUCAAACUUUGUUAAUCUUAUGGAAUUGGAUAUUAGUAAAAAUGAAAUCUUUGAAAUCCCAGACAAGAUAAAGUUAUGUAAAAACCUUCAAGUAUUGGACUUUAGCAGCAACCCUCUCACAAAAGGCCUCCCCGAUGGUUUAUUACAGUUGCGCAACCUGACACAACUUGGCCUUAAUGAUGUAGCCCUGCAGAGGUUGCCAUAUGACAUAGCCAGUCUGACAAGCCUGGUCUCCCUGGAGCUGAGAGACAACAUGCUCAAGAUCAUCCCACAGUCCAUAUCCUUUCUCAUCAAGCUCAAGAUCUUAGACCUGGGCAGCAAUGAUCUGGAGAACCUGCCACCAUCCAUUGGUUCCCUCCCCUCACUAGAAGAGUUGUGGCUGGACUGUAACUAUCUCACAGACCUACCACCUGAAAUUGGUAACCUGAAGAAGUUGUCUAUACUGGAUGUAUCAGAGAACCAGCUGGAUUAUCUCCCUGAGGAGACUGGGGGCUUGCAGAGCUUAACUGAUCUUUGUCUGUCACAGAAUGGGCUGGAGUAUAUGCCUGAGGGAAUAGGUAACCUUAAAAAACUGGCCAUUCUGAAGGUGGACAUGAAUAGACUUUUAUCACUUACCUCUCAAAUUGGCAGCUGUGAAAAUAUGCAAGAAUUGAUUUUAACAGAAAAUCUGCUCUCUGAUCUUCCAAAUUCUAUCGGCAAGUUAAAAAAUCUUCACAACCUAAAUGUGGAUAGAAAUAGGCUUACAGAGAUUCCUGUGGAGAUUGGCAAGUGUAACAAGCUGGGUGUGUUGUCUAUGAGGGACAACAAGCUGCUCCGCUUACCCCAGGAGCUGGGAAACUUGAACAAGCUGCAGGUGCUUGAUGUCUCUGGCAACCGGCUAGAGUACCUUCCCUUCACCAUUGCCAACCUGAACCUGAAGGCCCUGUGGUUGUCAGAGAACCAGGCCCAGCCCAUGCUCAAGUUCCAGACAGACUUUGAUGAGAGGACUGGCCAGAGGGUUCUCACAUGCUUCUUGCUACCCCAGCAAGGCUUCCACACAGAGAGCAUGGAGAAUCUCCUGAAGGGCAGCAUAGCUACAGAAGGAAGCUUCACUGAUAAGGACAGGCCUAGAGACAGUGUUAUUAGAUUUGCUGAGGAUAAUGAUAAGAUAGACACGGGAGGGGACUCGGACUCUGAUUCUAGCCACUUUGUAAGGCAUGACACACCCCACCCGAAGGAGCUCAAAGCCAGGCAUGCUAAGUUUCUCAAGGAUAAAAAUAUUGAUGGCCAUGUUAUACCCCACCACGAUAACAGAGAAGAAGAUCCAACAUUUCUGCCCUCAAGAGAUCAUGAUUCAAGGUAUUAUGAUGAUGAUGAUGAGGCCCCUGAGCCUUACAGCCAAGAUUCCCCUAGGGAGCCUCCAUCUGCUAACACAAACUCUUAUUCAUCGUAUCCUCGGAGGGAUGAUAGAUCUGCUCCAACAACACCACGACCUCCUGAAAUCAUCAAAGCCCCAGAGCUGGAAGGUGCACCACCACCAUCAGUCCCAUCUGAGUCAUCCUCAUCUGAAGAUGAGGAGCUCCCUCAUGAGUCGCAGCCCCUGCUGACUGGCAAGCCAUCCCAGCCCACUGUCAGGAUAGCUCCCAAUGAGGUGGAGGAGAUUGAUGACUCCCGGGACAUCGAGGAGGAUAGAAAUGAUUCUGGUUCUGACAGGGGCAGGAGGAGUUCUGAUGAAUCUGAUGACGAGGAAAGCUUACAAAGGGAUAAAAAGGUUGAGUUUGCACCAGAAGUUGAAGAGGAAAGCAAAGACCAUCGUCUGCGUAGGAGAGACACGCCCCAUUAUUUGAAAAAUAAACGUGUGAACAAGGAUGAUGAGUCGGAGCAGAAGGUUCUGGAAAUUUUGGCGCAGGCUGCUAAACAAAGGGAGACGGCAGCUAUGUCACCCAUAGUUAAGCCUCCAGAGGUGGAUAUCAUGUCAUCCCCACCACACCCCACCCAGCAAAUGCCAGUGGAAGUGCAAGAAGAAGUGCUAACUAUUCAUAUACUGCGAGAACCUGGGCAGGGGCUUGGCAUCAGUAUUGCAGGUGGCAAAGGCUCAACACCUGUCAAAGGUGAUGAUGAGAGUAUAUUUAUUUCUCGUGUAUCUGAAGAUGGUCCAGCUGGAAAAGCUGGAAUUAUCAAGGGGGAUAAGUUAUUGAAGGUAAAUGAUGCAGAUUUGGUGAAUGCAGAUCACUACGAGGCUGUGAAUGUGUUGAAGAGCAGCGGCAAUGAUAUAACCAUGGUUGUGGCAAGGGAGAAACUGGUGGCCAACGCUCAUGCUGAGGCCUUACAGGUAGAAGAUACGACCUAUGAAAGUGUUACAACAGUGUCUUUCACUGCUGAGCCAGAGACAGAAGUUUAUGGGGAGACUGUGUCAACUACAUUGAUACGAGAUCACACUGGGCUGGGCUUCAGUAUAGCAGGAGGUAGAGGGGCUGUACCCUUUAAAGGGAAUGAUACAAUGUACAAUUUGUUAGAGGCAAUUUACAUAUCAAAGGUCACUCCUGGUGGAACUGCAGACAAAGAUGGAGUACUGCAAGUUGGAGAUAGGAUUGUUUCAAUCAAUGAUGUGGACAUGGCUGAUGCCCGCCAUGAUCAGGCUGUAGCACUGCUGACCGGCCUGGACAGGAGCAUCAAGCUGGUGGUCUACAGGGAGAAGAUUGUGCCUAAAGGUGAGGGUGCUGAGCCCCCACCCCCGGGCAGCCAGCGUAUCCCCAGCAUCACCCAGCCGGUCAUCAACUGGCAGCACACCAGCACCGCCCCCGUCAGGACGCCCAGCCCGGUUGGUGCCCAGCCACCCCCUCGGCUCUCGCCGUCUCCUGCUAGUGCUGUUUCUUACAAUACUCCGUGGUCACCGCAGCCCACACCAUCCAGCCCACUCUCCCCGGCCGGCAGAGCCAGUGGUCCCAGCGCCACAUUCAGCUCCAGCUACUCUCCCAACCGGCACUCGGGGAUAGAGGCAAGCCCAGUGGUUCAAGCUGCAGCCCCAUCAAGCCCCUUUGCCUCAGCUGUGCCAACAUCCUACUCAUAUCUCAGCCAGCCUGCUGCGCCUACCAUUACAUUGACUGGUCAAGCACCUUCGUCUGCUAUAUCUCCGAAAUUCGGAACCAAGACUCUCUCAACAGACUGGGCAGCGCCGCCUGUGUCAGUCCAACCUCCAAAGUUUGUGUACCCAGGGUUCAGCAAGGCACCCCCUCCGUCGACUACGUCUUCAACAGCAUCGUUAUCGGCUGCACCAUCCAUAUCAAUCCCUCCCCCCACCCCCUCAUCUGUACCAGCUACAGCCACUAGAACUUCCACCUCUCUCCCCCCCACACAGACACUGACCAUGCCAGUGGUACUUCAGGUCACACGCUCACCCCCCAGCCCCACCCCCAGCCCGUCCAUAUCAACAAACUACUCUCGGGCUGACCCAGGGGUGACGAAGGUGUUGCACUUGCCCACCAUGUCAGUAGACACCCCAGAUGAUAGCCCAGAAUCAAAUCAUGUGGAUAUGAGGUCACCACAGCCUUACCCUGUUGAGGAUAUCACAAUAGUAAAAGCUGGAGGUCCCUUGGGUCUCAGUAUAGUUGGUGGCAGUGAUCACUCCAGUCAACCUUUUGGUGGGGACGAGCCUGGUGUUUUUGUUUCCAAGAUAGUCAAAGAUGGUGCAGCCUCUAGGACCAAUCUUAGGAUAGGAGAUAGAAUUUUAUCUGUAAAUAAUAAAGAUCUUAAGCAUGCCACACAUGAGGAAGCAGUGAUGGCUCUAAUCUCUCCUACCUAUGAGAUCCACCUUAAAGUCAGACAUGACCCUCCACCCCCUGGACUACAGGAGCUGACUAUAGUGAAAGAAGCCAGUGAAAAGCUGGGUCUUUCCAUAAAAGGUGGAGCUAAGAAUGCCACUUCACCCAACAAGAGUGAUGAGGGAAUCUUCAUAUCUAGAAUAAAUGAAGAUGGGGCUGCAGCUAGAGAUGGCAGACUAAAGACUGGACAAAGGAUUCUUGAGGUCAAUGGCCAGUCCCUUCUUGGUGCCAGCCACCAGGAAGCUGUCCGAGCCCUGCGCAGUGUGGGGGACAAGAUGACCAUCCUGGUCUGUGACCAGCCCCCAGAGAAGAGUGAGACCAACUCCCCCUCGGAGCUGUCCUCACCCAGCAGCCAGGGAGGUUUCCUCUCCUCCCUGCACGGCUCCGUCUCCAGCAUAGACAAGGACGACGAGGAGGCCCGCAUCCUGCAGCAGGAGUUGGAGUUGCUCAAGGAAACAGAGGAGUGGGAGAAGGAACAGCAGGAAAAACUUGGCAAACUCAAUGAACUAGAGAGCCCAGUUCUCUCCCUGCCUUCACUGCCAUCUUCACCUCCUCCACCCGCCCCACCUAUGGAGUCAGUCAUCACACCAGCUGGCAUCUCCUCCAGCCCAGUGCUCAGUUUACCCAGUCCAGUGCUCAGCCCACCCAGCCCUGUGGUCAUUACACCCAGCCCAGUGGCCAUUACACCCAGCCCAAUGGUCAGUGUAGCAGAUGGAGCCCAGAUAGAAGCACCACAACCAGUUCUGUUAAGUUCUGCUAGCCAAUCUGUGAUGAACAAACAAGUGCCUGUAAAACCACCAGUACCUGACAAGCCAGCCAACAACCAACUGCAUGUCAAGAAGCCUGUCACACUGCCUACAGCUGUACAGCCUACAGCCACUGCUGUUCUCAGCCCCGCUGCUCCUGCCACUGUUGUUGUAAAAAAUACACUUGAUCAUCCCAAACCAUCGACUAUUUUAAUGGCCCCAAAACCCUUCACCCCCACCCUAACUUCCCCCCGUCCAGCACCUUUCAUUCCCUUCAAGCCUUCUAUCUCUACCUCCCAGCCACCCACAGACUCCCACCCCCCAAAACCUGCACCCUUUGUCCCACCCCCUAAGCCUGCCCCGUUUGUUCCCCCAAAGAUAGCCCCUAAACCUGUGUUCAAACCGCAAGUGCCCCCCAGACACGACACCUCCCUUCAAGAUGGAGGUGACCACUCCUUAAUUCCUGUUUCCCCCCUUUCGCCCCCUGAAGCUGUAACUUUCGAUGUGAGAAAAGCUGCCAGAGUACCAUCAGGAGUAUUCACCAAGGCGGCCACCAAUGCUGAAAUAGAGAAAAUGAGCUUCCGUGAGAAACAGAAAUAUUUUGAGAAGGAGAUGACAGAGGUCCCUGCUACAAGGCCUCCAGCAAAACAGUUCAGUUACCUCUCAGAACACGAGGUGGCUAUGAUCCGCCAAGAAGAAGCUAAAAAAGUGGGUGGCAUGUCACAGGCUGAGAUCUUGUCUUAUGUUGCAGGCGGGACAGGGGACAUUGCUCCAGACCACGACUUCGACCAGAUGUUUUCAGGGGCAGUUGUGUCAGGGCCGUCCACAGAGAACAUGAAUGCUAGAGAGAGGGAGGCGGAGAAAAGAGCAUCAUGGCGGAGGGCUAGAAUGAAGAGCCUUGAAAAUGAUGCAGUGCAAGCCCAGGCAGUCAUAGCCAAGGCCCAGGAGUUGUCCAAGGAUUCUGCCAAUAAAAAUAUGACAAAGGGGCUUCAGGCUGUAGACAUCACUUUUGCUGAUGAGGCUGACACCAGGCACCCCAACCACAAUGGAGAUUCUAGGGUUGAUGAUAUUAGACAUGAAAUGCAUGGAAUGAAGCUGACGGAAACGAAGCAUUAAUAAUAGUGAUCUUUUAGAAUUGUAUGAAAUUGACAACCUGACAAGUCAUAAAGGGAAAGAACUAGCACCAGAGUUGAGGCCCUUUACUAAGCUUUACUUUGAAUAUUGGUUUUGUGAUAAAUCACCUAGCCAGUAACACUAUGAGGUGUACCCAUAUGAUGUAUGGCCUGCACGGAUUUCUAGAUGCUCAUCAUUUUUAAAUACAGACUGUAUGUUGCAGUUUUUUUAUGUUGUAUCAGUUCAUGUAAAAAAAAAAAUUUAUAAUUUUUAAAUGGUAGCUCCAUUGUUUUAGACAGAACAAAAAAAAAAUAUUUUUAUUACUGUGUACAGCUGGUUUCUACUUUUACUCAAAUUUUUAACUGCAGCAUUGUAAGUUGGUCAAGUUUUAAAUAAAACAUUGCUAUCAAGUCUUGUUCAGUGCCAGUGUUGUUUAUAUGUGGAGCAAAUGAUAUAACACCAGGGACAACACUAGGGGAAGCUGACAGUCAGCUGAGUGUGUACAUAAUGGUUUAGUGUGAGCUCAUUCUUUCAUUGGUUUCUCAUGUGAUGUGUUGAGAACAUAUACAAGGCUUUACAAAUUAAUGCAGAGAUUCUGUUGGACAUAUUGAUACAACAGAUGAAGAGAAUUUAACGUGUCCAUGAACAAUAUCAUUUGUAUUUAUAACAUGCACUGCACAGAGAUUCUAUAAAGGGCAUGUACAAACUGAAUUGUUCUAUAGUUUUCACACCCAGCUCUAUCCCCUCACCCGUUGAUAUAUUUUUUUGCAUGUCAUUUCUGCCUUGUAAAUUAUGGUCCCAAUUGUUACUGGCACAUGGGGUGGUGUGUACUACAAGCUGGUGGCAAUCUGUCGCCUAGAUGGUCAAUUGUUACUGGCGCAUGGGUUAGUGUGUAGCCGAGAUGUAGGUUACUCACACUAAUUUCAAUUGUUUCUUUGUAUUCCAUGUGUUCAUAGAAUAUUUUAUGAAUCUGCUGUAGGUCACCCUCUUUCAAUUUUUGUCUCUCCAUUUACCACCUGUUUCAGGUGAACUUUAAUUCAACCAUCUUAUAAAACCAAUGAACUGGUCUUGUGUUUAGAAUAUUGUUGUAGUAGAUUGGUUUGAGAUUUUUGUAUAAAUAAGUUUUUGGUUGUGAUGGCCACUUUAAUUUAGUUGCAUACGUUGAACAAUAGCGCGGACAAGUCUGACCAGCAUACGACUGGGUCGGCUUGAACACUGGGCUCAAGAUGAUUGCUACAACUACUUAAUGUUUUAUUACGUACAGACAUAUCCUUUUUAUUUGCAAUACAAUUAACCUUUUAAGCUACAUACAAGUAUUACUUGAUGGUGAUGCUAUGAACGAAGUUUUUAAAAUAUUUUAGAUAACUCAUAUAAAAAUGAUAUCCUGCUAUUAUCUUCUUUAUAAAAAAAUGACCAUAAAAUUCUCGUUACACAACUAUUUUUUAUUAUAAAAAAUUCUAGAUUGUUGCAGGAGAUAUAGAUUUUAAAAAACAGUGAGUUGUGUAUCAUUUUACUGUCUGUAUAUGGAUUAUAAGAAAUUAAAAAUGUUUAUUUGCAAUUUUUUAUUUAUUUUACUUUAAUAGUUUACUGAGAGAUUUAAAUUAAAAAUAUCUUUGAUGGAAAAAAAAUAUUUUUUUUUGUUUUCUAUAACUUUUGUGUUCUGUACAUUUAUUUUGCUUUUUAAAAUCUUUUAUUGCUUUACCAUGGGGAUGGAAGUGUAUCCUUGCUUUGUACCACUUAUAGAGCUUGAAAUGUUUGAUAGAUGCACUUCAGUAUUUUUUAGGUUCUAGAGUCCACAUAUUAUUUUUGUGGAUUACAUUCUAUAGUCUGUAAACAAUUUAAUUUUGUGGAUUAAUUUCUAUAGUCCAUUUACAUUAUAAUUUUGUGGAUUAAAUCCUUUGGUCCAUUCAUAUUUUAAUGAUGUGGAUUAAAUGCUUUAAUCCAUUCAUAUUUUAAUUAUGUGGAUAAAAUACUUAAAUCCAUUCAUAUUUUAAUGAUGUGGAUUAAAUCCUUUAAUCCAUUCAUAUUUUAAUUAUGUGGAUUAAAUACUUUAAUCCACUCUAAAGAUGUGGAUUAAAUCCUUUAAUCCAUUCAUAUUUCAACUCAGUGGUCUGGAAUUCCUAAAGCUGUCAGAUCUGAAUGGUCAUCAAACAACUGGGCUGGUAAAUGUACAAAUAAUGGAUGAUUUAAUAGUCUAUGUGUAGUGUUGGCCAUUUUAAAUUUUUUUAUUAUACAUUGUUGUGUACCAAUUUGUUAGCUGAUUUUAUACUAUUGUAUUUUGGGUUGGUGGAAAUGUUUUCAAGUUGCCUGUUGAUUUUGUGUAGGUAGACCUGAGCCAGUCUCUAGCAGUUUAGUUUAUAUUUGUGACAGUGUGAACUUGUACCCAUUUUUUUUUUUAUUUCAAAGAAUUUUAAAAAAUAAAAUACUCUGUUCCGUAUGACUGCUUGACCAAAGCACGUCUAGUUGGUGUGCAGAUGACCAGUGGCCUUGCAGGUCACUGAAGCAAGUUCCAAUCCAGUGGACUUCAACAUUGCAGUCAGCAGAAUGAAAAGAACCUUGCUAAAAUGAGUAAAAUGGAUGGGUUGUGCAUGCUCUCCCCUGUUCUUUUGCAACACUAAGUUCGGCUUCUCUUCUAUUUGAGAUGAUACCCUUCAUUCAAAUCAGCUGUUCCUUUUAAGUUGCGCACAUGACCUUUAAAUGUACCCCAUUUAUAUUACCCCUUUGAGGCACAGAUGUGUAUUAAAGUUUAUCAAUAUUUAAAAAAAAAAAUUUCUUCAGUAUUUUAAUCCUUUUUAAAUUUCAAUUUUUUUUAAUGUAUUUAUUUUUUUGUGUCAGAAUAACAAAGUCAAAAUUUGUAAUUGAUUUACUAUAUAGAAAAGCUGUAAUUUUAAGAAAAAUUGCAUAUUAGAAAUUUUGAAGAAAUUUCCCUGUGGUCGCUGUACUUUUUGUACAAAUGUAUGUGAGAGAUCGACCAUUUUGUUAACAUACAAACUUAGACAUCUGAUUGUCUUGUAUGUGUGUACCUAUAGCAUUAAAGCGUUGUGUCCAGUACGGAGGGUGAGGAAGUGUCAAGAACUACCCAUGCUGGCUAUUGUGUUCUGUUUAUGUUUGCACAUAACACUAGUGAGUUCCUCAUCAAACAAAUAUCUAUUCUGUACAUAGACAUACAUUGAAAACAAAUUUUUUUUUGUAAAUUGGUUUAACAAGAUAUAAAAAAAAAACAUGGUUUUGAUAUCAGCAAA